AAUGAACAUUUAAGUGGUUUAAACUAAAUUAAAGAUCAAAUAAAAAAAACAUACAGUUGAAAUAAUCAACGUAAACGCAGAUAAUAACGUGUAGGAACACGAAAAGUCUCCCCCGCCUUCAUGUGUGAAUGGUUUGCUCCGCUCCGUGUACAGGAUGUUUGGAAGCGGAGCUGCACGCGCUGGUUGUUAGAGACGCUUUGGUUGAUAAGGUGCUGGGUUUUGCAGAAAUAUACUCUGAACCGGGGUUUUAGGAAGGGAUUUUACCUUUUUUGUCGUGUAAAAACUUCUGUUAUCUCAGCAUGCACCAGAUUAAAGCCUGUUUUCCUCGUUUUUGCUCUGUAUGCUAGCUAGACAACACCAUGCUACCGUUAACUGCUUAAUUCCCUUCAUAGCUAGCUAGCUAAUCAAACACCACACAUUUAGCUAAUUAUCUAGUUAUCUACAGGUGUGUGUGAGUCAGCUGGCAGCUAGAUAGUUAACGUUAACUAGUUAAUUAAUCCCCCUCAUUGGAUACUAAGCAUUUUUUCUUUCUAUGUGACUCCAGUCCCUUCUUUAGGUUUAAUCACUGUUUGAUUAAAUGACUGGAAGAGAAUAUAGAGAUUAUUUUUUCAUUAUAUUUUUAAGGUUUUAAACACAGUCAGAGACUAUCAUCACGAGCUUCUUAGCUAACUAACUAACUUACUCAGUAACCUGGACGUAUUAGGAAUAAACACAUCUAUUAGUGAUAUUAAACAAUAAGAACAAUGAGGAUAAUGAUUAUAUUCCCUGGUUCCAUGGAUUUGGAGUGCCACUGACUGCAUGUUCUACACAAUAAGGCUGAAAAAUGGAGUUGCUGGGAGACUUUCCACAAGAUCAUGCCUUUGUGGAUCUGCUCAUGUCGGACGUCCCUGGUGAGGCAGACCUCCAGCUCCUGAUCCGAGACACUGAGGACAAGCUGAAACUCAAUGCCAGCAGUAUUGAACAGAACCUGCGGGAGCUCCAGGGGAAGAUUGGUGAGGCCUGGGUUGGAGAGAGAGCUCCCAGUCCUACAGAAUGUCUGCAGUGGUUCAGUCAGCGUAACCUGGCUUCACUGAAACCCAUCUCUACUGGACACCAGGAGCUGCUGGACUUCCUCAAAUCUGUGCAACAGUUGCUGAAGACUGAAGAGGCUCGUGAGGAGGCCGUUCUGCAGUUGCUGUUGAACAUCUCGUCUCAGUGUGGGGUGUCCUUCCCUUCCUCUGGCACGUUAUCUGUGCAGGGCCACACCCCUGUCCCUCCAGUCUGCUCUGUACGAGACGACCUCGCCCUGGAGGUCCAGGAGACCUGGGAUGACAUCCGGUUCCUUUUGCGGCGCCACCUGCUGGACAGACUCCAGCUAUCUGAGGAACCAAGCCAGACUGCCCAGUCUGCAGAGGGUUCAAACCUGAAUUCAAGAGUUCCACCAAGAAUCCACAUACUCCAGCAGCUCUCCUUCCUCUACCCAGAAUCAGAAGUUCUCACAAAGUACCAGGCCCUCCAGAGCAGGAUGGUUCUGGGACUGCUGAGGAGCACCCAGACCUGCAGCCCUGGUGGGGAGAGGGGCUUCAACAGGCUGGCUUUGGGCUUCCAGGAUGUCAGCCCUGCUUUCUGCACUAUGCUCAGUGAGGAGAUUCAUGUUCUGAAUGGAGUAGCUGAGCCACACAGCAUCCUGGCCUUUCUGAACCAGGCCUACCUGAGCACCCUGACUCAGGAGCUGAGUGCUCUGAUGGAGAGAGAGGUGGAGGCCAUGCAGAAGGACAACACUGCACCCGGAGCGAAGGUGGGGAAAGGCUCCAACAAGAAGUCAGCAGUAGCUCCUCAGGAAGCUCCCAGAAGAGCGAGGAACUUCUGCCUGACCUCCCACCAGUUAAAAAGCCUGACCCAGCUGGCCUCCACGAUGCUGGAGCUGGAGCACAGAGUGGAGGAUCUGGCAACCGAUUUGGGCUUCCUUAGCUGUGCAGGGGAGUCUGCCUGCAGCCUGAGAGGAAUCCUGAAGAAAGUCAGGGAAGAUGUAGACAUGAACGCAUUGGAUGGCAAAGCCACACCUGACCUUCUGCUGCAGAGUACAGAUGCGGUGUGUCUGGAGUUCGAGUGGAGGGCUGCAUUCUGGGAGCUGGUUCCUCAGAUGGCUCACUGUGUGAAGGUGUUUCUGGAGGACAUGUGCAGUAAGACGCUACAGCAGGAGGAGAGCGUGUAUUCUUCUGUCUCCACCCUCAUCACUACGGUUAAUGUCUCUCAGAGACAAGGGGUGGAGCUGACCUGUCCGGAAAAAGACAUGCCCAAGGUCAUAGUUAAGUUCUGUUCUAAUGUUCUGGAGGAGCUGGAUGCUCUCCUGCCUCUGGCUGUGGCUUGUAAAGAUGACGCCUUGCUGCCUGUGCGUUCCUGCUAUGUGGAAGUCUGUGGACGGGUGAUCUCUGCACUGCUGACCAGACUGGAGGAAAGAUCAGGGCAGGUGCCCAACACUGCACCCCUCAAAAACCUGCCCACACUGCUGGCCUCCAGCCUCUACAUCCAGCAGAGACUGAUGCACUACGAGAGUCAGCUGAGGGACAGCACUCGCACGCCUCUGACUCUGCUGCCCGUCCAGAGGAGCCAGGAUGUGACGGCCGCUCUGAACGAACACCUGACCAGCUACUGCGUCCACGUGUGUGCCACCAGUAUACUGCAGGAUGCGGAGAGCCACUACUGGGCAGACCCCAAGCCAUUUUAUGAGGGUGAAAGGUGUUCCUUCUCAAUCCAGAUGUGGCACUAUUUCCUCUCUGGCCUGCGCAGUGACCUGUGGGGGUCCGUGUCUCCGGCGCUGGCUCAGCAGACCCUGGCUCAGGUGCUGGCUCAGACGCUGGAGCUCCUGCUUCAGAGAUACUCCAGAGCUCAGCCCUCCUACAAGAGACUCCCCCAGAUCAGAAUGGACAUCACAGCUAUCCUGCUGUGUGUGGAGGAACUGAUGUGGAGUGUGUGUGGUAGUGUGGAGGAGCUGGUCAGGCCGUGUCUGUCCUCAGGAAGCUGGGUGUCCUGCAUUCACAGCCUGUGUAAUCAGUUCCUGAACGUGUGUGUCAUCCUCACUGCUCCUCUACCGCUGAUCCACAGUACCUUUCAGAAGGAGCUUAGUGAGGGGAUUACCAGCACUCCAGCAGAGCCAAGCAGCAGCCAAGCUCCUUUCUGGCUGAAUGUGAUCAACCCUACCCUCUUCCCACAGGAGCUACUGAGGGAGCAGGAGGCGGGCGAAGGCUCGGCUCUGUGGCUGCUGAAGCUGAUGGGUUCGGGGCCUGGCUGCUGUCCGGCGCUUGUCCUGCAGGCCGCGCUGCACAGUGACUGCUUACUGCUGCGUUUGCUGCUCUCUCGUUCUCAUCUGUGUCUGGACAGUGAAGCUGAGGUGUCCCUUGAGGCACAGCAGGCUGCUGCUGAGUUUGUGGAAGCUAUUUUCUCCAUCCUGUCCUCCUUAAACAAUGUCCCCAGGGCUCUAGCUCUAGCGCUGGAGGGCUACCUGGACAGAAGACACCUAUGGGACCACUUUUACAGUUUAGCAGAUACAGCCAAAGAAGCUCCUGCCUUGUUCAGAUCUAUCCGAGCUGUCAUAUCCAAACCCAUCAACAGCUUGAUUGGCCACUUGGUGAGCAUGAUGCAGGCGUGUGAGGACCUUCCUGGCACACUGAUCAGACUAGAGCUUCCAGAGAGUGUACUGACCAAAAUCCCCAAAGAAUGGAACUACGCAUCCAAUGAAGCCAAGAACAAACACACCAGCAAGAACAACAUCACUCUGGCCAUCCAGGGUCUGUCCUUCAUCUUUACACACCUCCCCUCAGCUGUGGCCUCUCUUCCUCUGCCCAUCCGCUUCCUCUUCUGCAUGGCUGAAAAGCAUCUUUCCCAGCAUUCCAGGCAGCUGAGGCCCACAGGCCUGCUGGUAUGGACCCUGCUGGGCUGUCUGUGUCAGGGUCUGGAGGACGGAGAGACUCUAGAGCUUGUAUCUGUUCAGCCUCUGGAACGAGGGGACAAAGAGCGGCUCGCCUUGCUGUCCGAGUGCCUGCAGGUCAGUCUGGCUCAGCAGAAGGGCAUUCCCAAACCCACCGUCCAUAAGGUUCUGCAGGGCCUGGAGGAGAAGAGGCCAAAGUGGAGCUCAGCACAGCUACAGAAAACACGCAAGCUUUGUAGCGAGAGUGUGUUUGAACGAGUCGAGAGUGGUCUGGUGCAGGAGAGAGGUGGACCCUCGGAGCCGGCUGAGCAGAAAAUGUGGUCGGCGCUGCUGACGCUGUGCCAGGAAGCAGGUGGCAUCCAGAACCUGCGCCAGAUCCAUCACACCGUCCAACUCAAUGAGGCUUUGUUAAGAUCUGAUCUGGCCUCUCCUGAAGACCUCGGCUCAUGUUCUCCUGAGGGACAUCCUUCAGUUCAGUUCCUCUCGGCGGGCAGUUCACAGAGCGCUCCAGCUCGCCCUUUCAACCCUCUGUUUCACUUUGACCACAUCGGCUCUGCCAAGUUUGAUCAGUCAGCUCUGAGUGAGAGAGACUGGGACUGGGCCCAACUGCUGUCGUCCAAUCAGAGAACAAGUCAGGUGACCUUCAGAGUGCUGCUCACUAACAGACUCCGCCAAGCGUGCUGGCAGUCUGGGGCUGGCUCCAACUCAGCCGUGUCUUUUACAACACGGACGAGAGUGAGAGUGAAGCCACAAGAAUGAGAAUGCCUUUAGCUGGCAGUCUGCUGGAACUGGGGAAGUUCAGAUGUUCUGCUGGACAGACUCCUCACCUGUGGAGAUAUGGGCAGGGUAAUGAGUGAUUGACAGAAAAGCCUCAUACAUACAGUACUCUACAAAGGAUCUAGGCCACCAUCAGACCUCCAGUAUUUAUAAGGCAGAAAUAAUUCACAUCCAAUUCGUGAUCCAAUACAUUUCUACAAAAAAGUUUUUUUAGAAAUGUUAUAGAAUUUCCAUUUUUUUUAUUUCUAAAGCACCUCUCAGGAAUCCAAACCAGACUAUAUUUCACCCUGUCCUGAUAUGUUGCUACUAGGACUUUUAGGAAUAUUAAUCUGGACCAAAGAUGGGUUCUCAUAAUCUUUGAAGAAAUGUCUACCCACAAUUAAAAAGAUUAUAUGGAGAAUGUUAUAUUGUAGAAGUUUCUUUUUUUG